CCGCCAGACGGAUGUUGUUUAUUAAAUUUUUAGAAAAAUGGCGGAAAAAUCGUUUUCAACCCACGUGAAUCAGAUUUAUCUUCCUGGUGAUUCGGUUACGCUCUCAAAGACAGAUGAAAUCUCUACUGUCAAGAUUGUACUCGGGCCAGGAUUGAGAAAGUAUGGAAAACAGAUUCUAGUUACCAAACCUGGCGUUUUACGUACUAAAGCCUCGCCGGCCACGUAUUGGAUAGAUUGUCACCACAAACGAUAUGUUCCAGCCAGAGGUGAUGAUGUCAUUGGUGUGGUUACCAAUAAAGUUGGAGAGUCCUACAAAGUUAACAUUGGAUCCAGCGAAGAAGCCUCACUCUCAAGCAUUGCAUUUCCUGGAGCCACCAAAAAGAAUAAACCCAACAUUCAAAUUGGAGACUUGGUAUUUGCCAAGUUGCUCAUAGCGAGCAUUGACAUGGAGCCAGAGCUUGUGUGUGUCAAUUCCUUAGGUGAGAAUGUCGGUCUUGGUGUCUUGUCUACAAGUGGAUUCCUUUUCACUGUGCCCUUACACCACAUUCGCAAGCUCUUAAAUCCAGAGUGCACACUGCUGAAAUCACUGGGGAAAGCACUGUCUUUUGAAAUUGCUGUUGGGAUGAAUGGGAAGAUAUGGAUAAAGGCUAAGUCUGUCAAACAAACAAUUGCUCUAGCAAGGGCCAUUAGCAUUUCUGAACAUAUGAAUAAAGAAGAAAUGAACAAACUAUGUAGAAAAUUUGUAGAUCGACAAGCUGGAUUCUGAUUCUCUCGUGAUAAGUGUCAAUCAAUACAAAAAUUUUCCAAUUUCAA